CAUGAUGCAGUUUCCAAGCUCCAAUCAUUUUUUUUCCUCUAUUUAUUAGUGCAUUAAAAUUUUUCUUGGUUCCUUGUUCGUUACAUGUUGUCCCCUUGAAAAGUCCAGAAUGCUGGCCCAUGGGGUCAAAGAUGGUUGAGUUUGUACUGCAUUUAAACAAAUUGCUUUGUGUUAAAGUUGAAGUAGGCCUGAUUCCAACCAAUCCGUGACCAUUUUCCUUCUAUAUAUGAACCAGACUGCCCCUUUCUCUUCCAACAAUCAAAACAAAAACUUUUCUCUGAUUUUUUCCCGUCUAUUAAUCGGCCCUUUUUGCUUCUUUUGAUUGUAAUUGUCUUCAUGGCCGCCAAGGUUUUUGUAUGUCUCUUCGUCUUUCUUGCCUUCUUUGGCAUGGUUGCAUCUGAUCCUGAUCUUCUCCAGGAUCUCUGCGUAGCUAAUAAGGCUGCAGGAAUAAAGGUGAAUGGGUUUCCAUGCAAGGACGAGGCAAAUGUUACGGAAGCUGAUUUUUUCUUUAACGGUCUAGCCAACCCAGGAGUCAUCAACAAUUCAGUGGGAUCAGUGGUAACAUUAGCCAAUGUUGAGAAAAUUCCAGGGCUCAACACACUUGGUGUGUCACUUGCCCGCAUUGACUAUGAACCUGGUGGCCUUAACCCACCCCACACCCACCCACGUGCCACUGAGAUCAUCUUUGUUCUUUAUGGUGAAUUGGAUGUUGGAUUCAUCACUACAGCAAACAAGUUGAUCUCCAAAUCCAUCAAGAAAGGCGACAUUUUUGUCUUCCCCAAAGGUCUGGUACAUUUCCAGAAGAACAAUGGUGACAAGCCAGCUUCCGUGAUUGCAGGAUUCAACAGCCAAUUGCCUGGAACUCAAUCUAUUGCCGCAACAUUGUUUGCUUCAACACCCCCAGUGCCAGACAAUGUGUUGACCAAAGCCUUCCAAAUUGGGACCAAGGAAGUCAACAAAAUAAAAAACAAGCUUGCCCCCAAGAAAAGCUAAAGGAAGCCUUUGAGUUCGAGGAGGACAAGGGAACAUCAUCAAAUCCUGGCUCUCAUUUUGGUUGAGAUUGCUACUUUGUAUGAAUUCUGUAUUCAUUUUUCAAACUUUGAAGUAAAUCUAUGGGUUGAACCCAACAUUUUAUAUGUAAUAAUAAUGGUUGAAUUUGAGUUUAUGAUUUAAAUUAUUUUCACAUUCCCAAACAAACAAGAUAUAUGACAGUGGUACUAUCAUUUUCACAUGGU